AAGCGAGGGAGAGGCUGUGUUGGCGCGGCCUGCUAGUUUACCGUUGCAAGGCGCGUUGUGCGGCCGGACGCUCGACCGUCACCCGCGCGCCGCCGGCACCCCGUAGCCCGGCCUUCGCAACUUCCAAGCCACCACCACCCUCGCCUUCCUGGACUUUACCCAGGACUUUAUUAUUUCAAGCUUUGUGUACUCCAAGGGGUGUUUAUGGACUAAUAACUACAUGUCUUGUUCUCUAACUUAGAGACGAAGUGCUACUACUCGUGCUUAUUACACUGAAGUGCUAAUCCCAAUUCUGGUUCUUUAUUGGAUCGCCUUUAUAUCGUCGAAGAUACAUAAACAUCUCGGAUAUCUUCGCUGGAUUUCACCAUCAACUGAUGAUAAUGGAUAUUGUUAAUUAUGUUACUACCCGUUCUGUGAAUGUGAUGAAUUAAAUCUUUCACGAGCAGUGUACGGGUUUGGGGUGAAUAAUGGGAAAAAGGAACGUUCGGAUUAAGUUUGCACAUUCCAUUGGUCCGCCUGUUAAUUUGGGUCCACUGGGCACUUUUGAGUAGCACCCCAAGCCGAGUCUAUAAACACUGUUAGUUACCGACGCGCUAGCGCUGCCAAUAAAAGUACAAGUCAUAUCGGGUUAAAUAUAACUCACUUAUUUAAACUUAGAUUUACUUAUUUUAGUACAAAAAUAAAAGAAACACAGCAAGUGAUUGCUUAAUGUAAUUGUAUUGGAUAAAAACCUAUACCGAGUCAUCGCUCUCGGUUAAACUAUUGAAACGGUAGUCAUGACGGCCACUGCACCAGAAUUGUCAAAAUCAGAUUUUUUUGAUUUUGUGACAUCGAAUGAAAUAACUGACGCGCAAUAUAAGCAACAAAUGCGAUCAGUUAAUGUAUUCAUGGAAUCACCAGAUUCAAGAUCAAACCCUUUGUUGUCGGAAGAGCCUAAGGAACAAAAUAACAAUAAUCUGUUGAGUGUAACGAACGUACAAUCAUCGCCAACCAACAGCAUGACAGCUGCAACUAGCUCUAAUCCACUUCAAAGUUUUGAUUCUAUAUGGAAUGUCGACCGAGACAGAGAUCGCUUAGAGACUGCUAUGCUGGAAGAUCUCAACAAAUUUUAUUGGAAUCAAGAUAACGAAAUGAAUGGGACACACACAUGCACCGAUACAGCUAUUUCAAAUAAAUUAAUUAGUAAUAAUACUGACGGGCAAAUAUAUACACUAACUGUCCUUAAUCAAGACAUCAACGAAACCAGUACGAAUCGUACAUAUAAUUGGGGAAAAGAAGAAGACGUUUCAAUGUCAAGUCCAACAGAUUUGGAACAAAACUCUUCAUUAGACCUUGAAACGAUAUUGAAUAUGAAUGGAUUUCCUAACGAUUUCAGUCAAGACGCACUUAACUCAAAUAUUCUACCAAAAGUAGAAAGUUUUAACUAUGAAGAUGGUGACUCGGAACAUCCAAACGUAGAAUUAAGUACAAGGAAUUUAGUAAAAGUGGAACCCUUCAGUUAUGAUGAGAGUGAAUUUCGAAGUAAUGAUAAAAAAGAUGAUUCAUCACACAGCACUAUUAUUGGUGCGCCAACUUUGUUAGAAGUAGAAUACAAUAACAAUAAUAAUGAUUGGAAAUUGACUGAUCAAAAUACUGAAUCAAAUGAAUCUUUAUUGCGAAGUGCCUUGCAAGGAAAAGCUUUUAUAAGAUAUAGUACAAUACAAAAAAAUACUGUUACCAAACUUGACGCAGAAACAGAACUAAAAAGGGUUAUUAUAAACAAUAACAAUAAAGCUGAUGUACCAUCAAUGUAUCAAGAUAAUAAAGACACGGAAGCAGAAUUAUUAAUGGCAAUGGGUCCACCAAGCAAUGUCAAUAUAUCUAUACUGCUAGAAGAACCAACCGCAACUGUGGUUGCUAAUGGAGAGAAUCCUACUUCAACACAAAGUGUUGACGACAUUAUUCUUUCACAAUUGGAUACCAGUUAUCCAGACGAUUACGAGAAGUUAAAACGGAUAGCAACAGAACUGGGUGAAUCAGUUCAGCCAUUCUGUACUGUAGAACCAAUUGACCCGACGCGCAGCGUGUACAACAUUCACCACGUUAACGGCGAAUUAGUAACUAUGAUUCCAGCGGGAGAAGUCCAGUUACCUCAACGCUUACAAAUAGUUACAGCUUCGCCAACGGUCUCGAGCACGAAACCUCUUGGCAAAAAAUACAGUAAAAGACCUCCAAACAAGACCUCUCCACCAUCGACUCAAGUGCAGUCAGGGACAGCUGUUCAACCUGCAACCUCUACAUCGAACGGAGUCAGAAAGGAGAGAUCUUUACAUUAUUGUUCCAUUUGUUCGAAAGGCUUUAAGGAUAAGUACUCUGUCAAUGUUCAUGUAAGGACACAUACAGGCGAAAAACCUUUCACAUGUUCUCUCUGUGGAAAAAGCUUUCGACAAAAGGCGCAUCUCGCAAAACAUUAUCAGACUCAUAUUGCACAGAAAAACGCCGCUGCUAAUGGCGCCUCCAAACCCACCAAACAGCGGUAACCGCUCAUCCCGUAUUAAUGUUUCCGUUCACAUUUAUAGUCAAUUGAACUAAAUGACUGAUAGCGAGUGUAUUUUUAAAUCAAACACGUAAAGGCUGAAAUAUCACAGAUGAAUUUGGUAAGGUGCUAAAUAAAUUAAUAAUUUAAACAUUUAAGGCAAGAAUAUUACGUAAAGAUUCUCAGCCGUUAUCAUGCUUGUUAAUUUGUAUGUAAUUCCGCCCGUUACCGAUUACUCUUAGCUUUAGCUAGUUUUAGCUAUAUACAUGUACAAGUAAGUGUUUUUAAAUACAAUAUUGUUUAAACUUUACAUUCCAUUUAAAUAAGUCAUAUUAUAUAGAUUGCAAAUCAUCACAUUAUAGGCUAUCUAUAUGCACUCAAUACUCGUUCGGUUCCUGAUAUCAUAAAACUAUCCAUGAACUGUUUAUGAUUAUAUAUAUUUAUAAUGUACUUUUUUUCAUUGAUAAUACUUUAAAGUAAUCAAAUAAAUAACCAACAAUGAUGAGCAAAUUUAGGAUUACCAAUAGACUGCCCGCACUAUAAUUUCUCCGACGGCGCGACCGACCAAACUUUCUAAAAAAUAAUAAUAAAAAAAAACAAAGUAAAAGAACGAACAUUCAGUACCAACUAUCUUUCACCGCUCGACUAUCGUAUCUCUAUACCACCUUGCUCUCAGUUUAGUCAUUUUUUCCUCAUACUGACUCGUGAAUUGUAGCUCUUUAUCAUUACACUAGACAUUAUUUUUUAUACCAAUUUAUAUCAUAGUUUAUUUACAAUGAAUUAUAUGAUUUUAUAAAGCGUUAUUCACAACAUUUAUCAAUUCGGUAAUCUUCUUUUGUUGUAAAUUAAAUAUCGAUUACAUGGCUAUACAAUACAUCGGAAAGUACGGUGAAGGGUAACUCAUUCCUGAAAUUAAAUCUCUCGCCCGAUAUUGAGAGAGGCCUGAUUGCACCCAGAUUGCUAUAAAUUUCAAAUACGAGUGAUUCAAUCGCUGUCUUUAAAAUGGUGCUCCCUUUCUCGUCUAACAAAUUGGUCUUUCUUUGUUCCUUUCGUGCAGCACCGCGCCCUACUAUUUAUAAGAGUACCUAUUAUAAAUAACAAGAAAUUUAGUUUAUGUUUUUUAUUUCUUUAAAACAAUCUUUAAUUCAUAAACUUCUUAUAAUUUCAACUUUAUUAAAUACUUUUUAAUUGACCGAACAAAUUUUAUAGAAUACAACUUUCUCAAUCACAAAUAUGAAUAUUUUAUAAAUAAUAAUCCACCUCGUUUAUUAAGAGAUUACGAAGCAUAUUAUGUAGAAAAAUUAAAUAAAAAUCUGAACGACCUCUUUAACAGGAAACGUGGGUCUCUUAUAAUAGGUAUCUAUCGUGUCGUGACACUGCAGUAAUUGUGUAUCGCAGCGGCGUCAAACUGCUAGCCUUAUCGUAUUACCUAGAUAUGUUAUUCAAUUAUUAUUGUUCUAAAUAUUUGUAUGGUAUAAAAAAUAACUAUAAUAGUACAUAAAACUCAUUGUUCCCGGUAUUGUUCUGGAUAUUUAUAUAUCCAAAUAAUUUCUAAUCCUCUAAUGUCAAAAUCAAUAAAAUAUAAACUAAUCAUACUCCUAAGUCGAUUAUUCGUACCGUUUUUGUUUUUUUUUUUUUUUUGUUACAUAAACUUAUAUUAGUUUUACUACCAGUCACGGGCUACAUUUAAGAUAAUCAGACUUUAUGUGGCGACGCGGAAGAAACUCGACGUCCGGGUGGUCAAAUUGUGCAGCUUAUAAAUAUUUUUUAUCCUUUUGUAUCGAUACAGAGUCACAAUUUCAGUAUUAUGUUAAGUGAUGACCGCACAAGUAACGUUUAAUUAAAAUUAUAUCACAAAAAUAAACCUUUGAAUACUCAUUACAUUCUCACUCGUUUUUCAUGUGUAUAUUAAAAAAAAAUAGAAUAUGGUUUAUUGAAAUAAUAGUUUACUAUUAGUAGACGUAAUUACUUCAGUCUAUUUUCUUGCCAAGUAAAUUCCGAUAAAGUUAUAUGAUCUUAUUUUAUAAGUAACGGAACACUGCCUUUAAAAGUUUCUAUGUAACUUAAAGACUAUUUUACCACAAGCAUUAUAAUUAUUGCUCAGUCGUUUACAUGACUUGUAUUGAAGUGUAAUGUUUAUGUGAACGUUUGUGAUGACUAAAAUGUUGCCUUUGUAAGCAUGUUCGAUGGGACUGGUUGAUUUGUAAAACAAUUAAGAUACUUGAAGUUUUCGAACAUGUGUAAAAUAAAUACUCUUGAUACGACUUAAUCUCUAAAUACUUAUAUAUUUUCAUAUUUCACUGGAUAUAUUUAAAUUUAAAAGAAAUUAGUGCAUGAUAUAUAUUGUCUGUUUUAUAUUGUAAAAUAGUUUUAAGAACUUUAGAGAAUUCCUUUAACAAUACUCAUUAUUUGUAUAUAUGUACGUUUAACCAAGAGGUUAAAAAGUGGGGAACUAAUUUGUGACGUAAAAAAUUAUUCUCUUGUAUCUCAUUAGACGAUAUUUGAAAUGUUAGCGAAUUUAUAGAUAUUAUAUUAUAAGAAUUAAGAAACAUUUGAGAGAUUUACCAAUUAGAUAUAAGAAACUAUGGCUACCUUAAUAUAAUAUGCGAUUGCAUAAAUGGUUGUUAAUAUAUUCAUGUAAUAUAUUAAUUUAUGUUGGUUUUUGAAUACUUAUUCGAAAAGGAUUUUUUCAAUUUAAUCGAUUAUUAUUGCAUUUGUUCCUGAGUUGAUUAUUAUAUUUUAUUAAUAAUUCUUUGUUCAUAAGAUUUCUAUUAUUAUUGAUCGAAAUAAGAGUAAUUUAAUUUUAAUAUAGAAACUUAAAUUCGAGGACGUCGUGGAAGUGUAAUGGAGUGAUUGUUAAGGAAGUUGCCGACACCUUGUAAAUAUAUUAUUAUUUAUUUGGAAUUUUCAUUGUUGCUCAAUACGUGGAUUGCUAAAUUAUGACGUUUCACUUCAUCGUUAAACUGAAGCCGUCCUGUACAAUAAUUUUAUUAUUUAUUUAUAGAAUUACGGUUAAGACGAAAAUGGGAAUACAAAAGUUAAUUUUAUUUCGAUUAACCCGAGCUGUGAUUUUUACUAAUGUAUAUCUAUUGAUACAAUGUCAGUUGCAAGGUAAUGCAGUGAAAAUAGUACAGUCGCCAAGUUAAGGCUCUUGGCCGUAUCACAGUUGGCUUAAGAGACAGUCUAGGGUACUUCCAUACAAAACGAGAUGUCAUUGGGUCGGCUGCCACCAACAGCGGAUGUGAUACAGCUUUAAAAGUUGAAGCUGGACAAAAUUAUUAUGGUCUUCCAAUGCUUAUUUAAUUGUACGUGUCUAUCUUUUGCAUUCAGCGUCUAUCUCACACAUCCAGUUUGAUUUUUUAUGUAUUGAUUAUUUAUAAGGAAUGUCAGUUUUUACGAAUUAUUACAUAUAUUAUAUAUAAAAGAUUAAUGACAUAUUUUAAACUAGUAAAGAAUGCAAAAGUUUCACGUGAAAUUAAAGCAUUUGUCUAUUUGAUUGUUCGCUUAAAUCUGGUCAUCCAUAUCAGUAUCAAUAUAAGCUCUAUAUGUAACGUAAACAAAUUUGUAGCUACCAUAAUUUUUACACAUUUACAGUUUUGUAUUAAAUUUCUUAUAUUUUUUACUUUCCUACUUAAGUUUGCUAAUAAAAUGUUUUUAUAAUAUAAAUAAA